AUGGCCUGGAUACUUCGUGCAGAAUUCGAGUACUUGUUAUGCCUCACAUCCGAGAGGUUGGAUGUGGCGAAGUCGCGCGCACUGCUGCAUGCAUCUCUAGACGCUCGGCUGCUUCUAACAGACGACCCCUUGUACACAGCGUACAUUGAUGCAGGGAAGGUUGCACUCAAGAACUACCUAGGAGAGGGAAAGGACAGACAGGGGCUGGGAUGGCAGAGCCGCACGUUUCAGGCCGCCAUGAUGGCGUGCAUUUGCGACGACGUUAAUUUGGCCCAUGUGUUCAACGUAUUAAGGGUGGAGGAACUCUUGGAGAACCUUGGGGACGAGUUGUCGCCGAGUCAGUGCGCCAAAGUAAUGCUUGCUAUAAUCGGCGAAUUACACCUUGUGCGACGCGACAUGCAAGCAGCAGCCAGCACCGACUCUCCGGAGUUUCUUGAGUUUAAGGAUAAGAGCGGCAAAUUCCUCCGAAAGGCUCUACAACUGCUUUUGUCUCUCAUUUCUGAAAGUGGCAGAGACAGGUUCUGUUAUGUAAAAGAAGCCUUAAUUCACCCCGACGCCACUUGCGCACGUCCAGCCCCUGUAACGACCCUUAACUUUACUUCGCCAGCCGACGCAGCAUUGGCAAAGGCAUGGAGGGGACGGGAACCGUUUCAGCUGGCGCAAGUCUUACGGGCUGACUUGGACGCUAGUGCUUUAUACACAUCUUCUAUGUAUGCCCUCUAUAAAAGAGGAGAUGCAAUGUUUGAGACGCUUUUGCACAGCGGGAGCCUCCUUUCUCUGUGGCAUCGGCUUCACGCCAUCUGCAAGCGUCAGGCGGCACUCGGUCACGAAGUAAUCAAAUGGAGUAUUGUGCGACAGGCUCCUCGGCUCAACAGACUCCGGCAGUUGAUUCUGACGCGCCUUAUCCAAUGCCUUUAUCAACCACAGUAUAAGCAGCCUCUAGGCGGCCCUGCGACUGCCAGUGAAAAAGCGGGCAACGACGACGAAAGGGUUCUGGCAGGGCUUAUUGCAGAAAGCCUCAUUCUUUCUGGAGUGAAGGUUUGGUGCUAUGAGAGCAAGACUCAAAAGCAACAAAUAUUGCAAAUGGCAGGUAAAGGCGGAGCGUCGCUUUCAUCCAAGCUGGAUUCACUCUUGUGCAUCCAGAUCGACAGAGGGUUCGUGGAGUUGCCUUUGGGGCAGGAGCUGCCUGACCUCGAUGGCCUAGCGAGUUUGUUUGCUGAAGCUCCUGGGAACGAACCUGUGGAUUCCUACGAAAGCAUGCAGUACACCGACAUGAACCUUUACACUCUCGUCCCCGACACGUACACUUCAGGGAUUCGCGCUCCUAACUGGCCAUCCACAUCUUACCUUAUUGGCUCUCGCCUGCACCGGGCUACGCCUAAUUUGGGGGUGCUGGACGAGUCGCGUUUCUUCACAAACCCGAUGGUUACCGCCCUUCUAAACAAAACUGCCCUCGAAGAAACAAUCAACGCGUUUAUUUCCUCAGAAGCUUUCGAAACUGUCUGA